AUGCAAAUUGUUACCGUCGAAAAGAUUAAAGCAGUAGACCCACAGGAUUGUUCAACCCCUGUCAACCAAUUCUCUGAUGAAUCACUUGGAUCGGUGCUUUGGUUUCGCGUUACAUGGCGCUGGAUGUUGAGUGUUCGAUGGGAGAAUUACAAGGACGGCGCGAUGGGUUUGGCUGAUGAGUUGGAAGCAGAAUUGAUCCGCUCAGGAACACAAAAGGGUCUCAAGGCGCACGGGUGGCAAUCGAGCAUCAACGCAUCA